UUCGUGCGGAAUUAAACUGAAAUACAGAGACCCAAAUUAAAUGUGUAUAAUACCGACACAAAGUGUUUUUCUACGUGAAAUUACUUCACAAACGAACAGUUCCAUUAAAUUCUAAUAUACAACAAUUCCUGCGUUCCUUUUAGUAUUAUUUACAGAUAGAGUUAUGCUUUUUUACGGCGAAUAUGCAGUAACUGUAUACCUGUAAAAUACAAUUUAUAAUGGUAAACCAUAGGUCUAUUAAAUAUAAUAUCGUUUAAGAAAUGAGUAGGUUAAAAAAAACAUUCUCCUGUCGGUCCGCUUUCUCAAUGUAUUACCAAAGCCAGAUUUUAAAGUGUGGUGUUUGUAUAAAUAGUAUUUAAAAAUGCUUAUUGCGUGCAAAAAAAAAUCGAAUUGAUAUUUUAAGAGAAAUUAAACUACUAUUAUUCUCCUCGGCAGAUAUUCCCAGUCCCAGUCCAGUCCUGUACAACGCGUUAUCCUGGGUGGCGAGACUGAAAUGUGUAAAACAUUUCAAAUUCCUCUCAUUAAGACUGCAUAGGAAGCAACACAACAAUAAUUAACUACUGAAACAAAGUGAAAUAAUUCACCAGUGAACCAAGACCAGAUCUUUAGUUCACUUAUACAGAAAUGGUGUCAACAGAAACAAGCAUUCAGAUUUUUUUAAAACAAGAAUAAAAUACUAGCAAUAAUAUAACUGUCAAGAAUCAAUUUUCCGCUAACAAAUCUCAGAGAACGGAUUUACUGUAUAUUGUAACUCCCCCUCUCGCUAGUGAGUUGAUAUUAAAACCCGUGCAGCGGAGACCCUUUGAAGCGCUUGAUAUUAUUGGCUUUUGAUAUUAUUGUAUUUCUAACGGAUUUUAAUUAUACUGUAAACUUUUUGCUGACGACUGAAAUAAGGCAGCUAUUAAUCCCCUUUCAAUUGCAAAUACAGAUGUAAUAUUCCCGCCCCCCAAAACAAUACAAAAGAGCAAGUGCAAUUCACAAGGGUGCAACACGACCUUUUUGUUUUUAAAUCUGCUCACUGAUAAGGAAAAUAGCAAGUGCUGUGAUGGCUGUCGCUCUAAACCGCUUAUCCUACUUUUUGUUCAUCGAUAAACAGCUCUGAAUGACAAUAAUAACCAAAUAAAGAGACUGUUGCAUUAACAGCCAUUUUUAAUAUUCGUGCAAUAAAUACACCCUUAAGGGGAAAAUGGGUUUAGAGAGCUCUUGAUACAGUUGGUGCAAGAUGAAAGCCUGAGUCAGAGUUAAGUGUUUGAUAGCUGGAUAUUCGGAUGGGAGAUUUUCUCUGUCCGAUUGGAUUUGCAUGUCUGCUGCAACCCCUCCCCUUGCGGUAUAAGACGUCCGCUGAGGCGCUCCGCCGGCCGCUGAGCCUGCAGAGCGCUGGACCGACCUGUCUUAAGGGGAUAUACCGGCGGUGGCUCGUAACUGUAGAGCUGGUCUCUCACCCACACAAAAAAAAUAAUCUUUCGUUUAAAAAAGGGGAAAGAAAAAGGUGUCAAUCAAACAUUUCCACUGACGUUUUCAAGAGGGGAUUGUUUUGUUAGCCUGUGUUUUUUUUUUCUCCUGCCUUUUCGUGCGCGCCUCCUGAAGAAUCUGACAUAAGGGGAAACAGCUUCUGGUCCGUUGGCGAAGACCCCGGCAGCUCUCUCGAUGACGGCAUUCGCCAUGCUGCGGCCUAUGGCAACUCAUCUCCUCUACCCCGACCUCAGCAUGAUGUCGGAGGACGAGGAGAACCGCAGCGAGAGCGACGGCAGCUCCGACCAGAGCUACGGCUGCUGCGCCGGAGCCGACAAACGGCGGAGAAUGUCCCGAAAGGCCGGGGUCGGCGGGGUGGUCGUGGUCAAGCAGCGACAUGCGGCCAACGCCAGGGAGAGGGACCGAACCCAAAGCGUCAACACGGCGUUCACCGCGCUCCGGACCCUUAUUCCCACCGAGCCGGUGGACAGAAAGCUGUCAAAGAUAGAGACACUGCGCCUGGCCUCCAGCUACAUCUCUCAUCUGGCCAACGUGCUCUUGCUCGGAGACGGCUGCGAGGACAGCCAGCCCUGUCUCAGCGCGGUGUACGGCGCGCAGGGAGAUGGAGAAGGAAGGCAGCCCCGGACCAUCUGCACCUUCUGCCUCAGCAGCCAGAGAAAAGGGGUGAAGGACAGCAGGGACUGUCUGAAGAUGAGGGGUGUCGGCUCGCUGCGGAUGGGACGAAGGUAGAGGGGGCCAGUAGACCCGCAGACCGUGCGGACACCGAAGUCAAUGUCCUCAACUCAGGGAGUCUCCAGCUGGGCCGAUCCCCAGGAUAACAUGCUGAAAACCAGGAGGCACAGGGAAGAGCCAUUGUGGAAAAGUGUAUCAUUCUGGGAAGAGAGAAUAUGGACCUAUUUAAAAGUUGGGGAUGUCCAGAACUGCACCAGCCUUGAGGGAUCCAAGAGGCUCCAGUGACCUGUUUAAAGGCAGAUUGCUGUUCACACUUUAAUGCUGAGCAUAAAGUAGUAUGGCAUGGCAUGACCUUUUUUUAUACGUGGUUCUUAAUAGAGUUUUAUGAAUUUUGUUGUUUUUUUAUGUUUACUAGUGUGGGACAAAGUAUGUAUUCGCCUUUGAAAUAAAAUUUAUUUUUUUCAAG